AGCAAGGGAGCAACAAGUGAUCAAGUAAGUUAAGUGGGAAAAAUGCAAACAGUCCUGUCAAGAAUGAACCCAAUGUUAUGAAGAAAACGUACGGUGUUGUCAACGCCCUGCAAUUUCAGUUGACAUUCAUUCCGCAACGUCCGAAGUCAUGUAUUGAACGCGUUUCUACCAAGACGUAUACUCACUGUCCUGAUAGUAAAGAAAAUCAUGAAAAACUAAGAAGAUGUAAAAGUCAACAAGAAAUAUCUCUACCGUCUUCUGCGGAAACGAAUAAGCAACGUUUAUCAAGUCACGAAUGCCUAGCCUUGGACCCAGAGAAAAUAAGUAAUGGCAUUAGAUCACAACAAAUCUUGAUAUCUUCAGCACUACGUCGACCACAUGCGUCCUUCUAUUCCCUUCUUGACUCACAAUCAACACCAGAGCCAGCAAAACCACGACGUCCUUCGUAUCGUCCAAAGUCAGCCAGUACUGUAUACUCAUAUGCUGAACGACCCGUGUCUGCAAGCGAGACUUCCCGUCAUCUUGGGCGACCAACUAAAGCCAGUCUUCUCAGGAGCAAAUCGUCGUACGACAUUAGGGCGACAAGUGAAUCUCCUAGACCUACUAAUGAUAAAAAAAUCGUAAAGAAACCUUGUGCUAUUCGAAAUGAAUACAUCUUACACAAGAAUUCAUUGACACCCAAAGAAGUGUUCGAUUACAUGAAGUCUGUUCAUGCAUACCUAACUGGAGCAAGAUACAACCGAUCGCGACUUGUUGAUGCGAAGUCACUAACGAAACAUGGUUUAUACGUUAGUAAAGAUGGCUUCGGAAGUUUUAUAUUAGAUAAAACGAGAGAAAUGUCUUCUGAUAUCGAACACGACGUACCCAAAGCUGCAUUGAAAGUUGUAGAAAGCCAAACAUCUCAAGCUGAUGUAAUGCAUACUGGAACAAACACUGAACCUUACUACCUCAGCUUGAACAAGUGGCAUUGUGCUGAAUGGAAUCAGGGAAAAAAACAUUUACCACCACAUAGAAAUAACCAACGAAGACCAAUUAGUCCAAACAAAGUAAAACCAAUUAAAGCAAGAUACAUUGAUUACAAUACGAUACAUUGAUUACUAUUGUAAAAUGACAUCUGAUAUAAAAGAUAAAAUUAUUUUAUGAACUUGGCAUGCAUGUAACGCUAACGCUAACACCCAAAGAUUUGUUCUCACCUUUAUAUACGUCACCGCGUAUAAUGAAGCAACAUCUGGUAAUUCUCAGUAUAUAUUUUCAAAUAUUCGGUCCAAAUAUUUUUCGUCUAAAUUUGUAAAUAUAAAUAUCCAAGCAUUUUUAGUCAAUUGUGUGAAAUACAGUUCGUCUUUGAAAAUAGCUAGCUAUAAUCUUUGAAUU